AUGGAGACAAAUUUUUUUCUGAAGCAAGUGCUCAGAGGAAAAGCAGCUGCUGCACUGAACUGCAUUCCAGUCGUUGGAGACAAGCAUCAGACAACCGUGGGCAUCUUGAAGAAACACUUCGAGCGCUCUACCAACAUCGCAGAGAUACUCAUCCACGAGAUCGAACGCCUUCAUGGAGCAAAAGACCAUCCCGAGAAACGUUUGAAGCAAUCAAUUCGCGGAUAA